ACUUGGAACUUGGAACCGUAUAUUGGGUACCAAAUUGUAGGGCUGGAGGAGUGGAGGUAACGUUUGAAUCCACCACUCACAUUCCCCUCGAAGCAUUCCGUACUAUAAUAAUCUUAGAAGUACAAUGAGUUCCAACGAGUUCGCCAUGGUCAGUGCUGUCUCGCAUGCUUUCGAAUUGGAUUCAUCUGGAAUUAUUAUUUGCUCCGUAUAUCGAUGCUUUCAUAAUUGCGAAACCCAAAUUUUCUGAACUAAAUUAUCUGCUUAAGUGCUUCUGCUUUUCAAGCGUAUAUUACCUUAAAGAGCUUGUUUUAAGCGUAAGUGCAGGUUGAGGAGUUAGCUUUCCUCGUUAAGGGAAAUAUCUAUUGCAAGGAGCUUGUCUUAUCUGUCGAAGAUGCCUUUGUUGAUUUUCUUCAGAACAAUUCGAGUUCAAAAAGAGUGUUGGACCUGGAACCAAUGAAUUCAUAUAAGCGUCUUCUUGUACAUCGGCUUGCUGAUAUUUUUGGAUUUUCUCAUCAUUCAGUGGGUGAAGGAGAUGAUCGGCACAUUGUAGUGGAGCAAUGCCCUGGGACUUCAAUACCUUCCAUCCUUGUAAGAGAUUUACUGUGGAAGUAUGGUGAACUGAAUUCGCCUGAAGAUUCUGAUCAAGAAAGUGAAGAUGGUUCAGAGGUAGAGAAUCCAGAGCCAUUAACUUUCUUUUCACUUGAAGAGAGAGAAGCAGCAUAUCUUGCAAGCACUAUUAGUAUUAUAAUUUUUAAACCAUAAAUGCAGGUGAAGGAUUUAGCUUAUACUGUUAAGAACAACCUUCCUUGCAAGCACCUCAUUUUAUCAAUGGAAGAGGCUUUUAUUAAAUUUCUUCAGGACGAUACGAGUUCCAAUGGGGUUCUGGAGCUGAAACCAAUGGAUUCAUAUAGUCGUCAUCUUUUACACCGGCUUGCUGAUAUAUUUGGGUUAUCUCAUCAUUCUGAGGGUGAAGGAGAGGAUCGACACUUAGUUGUUGAGCAAUGCUCUGAGACAUUGAUCCCGUCAGUGCUUGUUAGAGAUGUACUGCAGCAGUGUGGUGAAAUGGUGUCUCCACUGAAUUUUGAUGUACUAUCAAGAAAGCAUGAGGGGGCAGAUGGUUCUUCACAGGCAGAGAAUCCAGAAACAAAACAUUUCACUUCACUUGACGAGAAAGAAGCUUCAUAUCUUGCUGCACGUCAGAGGAUUUUUUCAGGUGAUGCAAACGAGGCAGGAAAUGCGACAGAGAGGCCAAAGAAGGAUCUUAAAGUGGCUCGCAGAAUGAUAGAACACGCCCUUGGACAGAAAAUUAGGCAGUCUAACAAUGAGAUAAUCUUUACGGCUUUGGAUGAGCAAAGGGGAAGGGAAGCCAUGGAUGGUGUCAUCAUCAAGGAAGAAGGGGGAACAGAGAUGAAAAUGGACAUGAAUAACAAUAGUGUAGGCUCUCUGCUGGGUGAAGAAAAAAGUGAGGGCGGGAUUGGGAAAGAGGACUUGAUCAAAGAGCAGCAUAUGGGUGGUGUCAUCAUCAAGGAAGAAGGGGGAACAGAGAUGAAAAUGGACAUGAAUAACAAUAGCAUAGGCUCUCUGCUGGGUGAAGUAAAAAGUGAGGGCAGGAUUUGGAAAGAGGACUUGAUCAAAGAGCAGCAUAUGGAUGGUGUCAUCAUCAAGGAAGAAGGGGGAACAGAGAUGAAAGUGGACAUGAAUAACAAUGGUGUAGGCUCUCUGCUGGGUGAAGUAAAAAGUGAGGGUGGGAUUCGGAAAGAUGACUUGAUCAAAGAGCAGCAUAUGGGAGCUGCAAAGAGAUUGUUUGCUAAUGCUUUAGGGAUUCCACGAGAUGUCAAUCUGUUGAAAGGAAGCGUUGAAUCAAAACAGACAAAGGUAUUCAGAGUAAAGAAAGAAGAAGAAGAAGAAGACACACUUGCUGAUUGUUCAACAUAGUGUGCCAGUUUGCUGCUACCUGGGGUCCCCUAACCAGUUCAAGCAAGUUUUUAUUAGGCUGUGAGGGAAUAUGGUUUUGUUGAAUGACUGAUUCCUAUCUCGUGAUGCUUUCCUGCCUAACCUCCAAGUUCUAGCCAUGUAGUUGCAAAAUUAUGAACUUGGUUUCAUCCAUUGUAGUAUACCUCAUACCUCUCUUUUUAAAUUGUAUUUUUGUUUGGUCAAAACAGGGUAGUGGACCCAGUCCAGUGGUUCUUCGCGUCCCUUUUGUAGAUGCUUGGUAAUUAGUAAUAAGGAUAUAGUUGUCUGUGAAGUAGCACUCAGCGUGGAUGUGGCCCAUGUUCUGGGUCAUUAAAAAGGUGUAACCGUAAUACCGUAUUUGGGUGUACCCGAUCCGAUUUCUGGUUCAAAUUUGGAGGAACUGGACCUGGUGACAUUAGUUUCCGACUUUCCUGGAGUGAUUCUGGUCUGGAAUAGAAAAUUAGGGUAUGUCUCGGGAAAAAUACCAGCCACUCGCCCAUUGCUUGACCCUAGUUCCUGAACUCAGAUCUUAUAUAUCUCUCAAUCUCUGUGAAGAGCAUGAUGUACAUAAAUACAUACUACGUAUUACGUAUGAAAUUUACAAUUAUACUUUCAC